GUUAUCAAUCAAUCAGCUGUUUCAUUUGCCACACAGUUCGCGGAUCAAUCGGAUCGCGUAGAAAUUAAACGAAAAUCAAAAUAAUAACUAUUAAAUUCCAAUAAUCGCUUUGGCAAAAACGUAACGAAACGGAAAUAAACGAAGUGAGCAAACGAGUGCAAGUGUGUCUUUUUGCAGCAAAGUGCAAAAGCAUUAGUGAAAGCCAAGCAAGGGCCAGAAAGAGAAAAAGUGAAAAUACAAGUUGAUGCAAUCGCAAAGUGCUGAACAGUAAACAUAGUCACAGGGCGCGUAUUUUACAAAUAUUCUUACAAUUAUUAUUGGUCUGCUACAGUGACAAAUGAUGGCCUAAAAUGGCGGCCACACCACCAAUACCGCCCGGAGCAAAUAAUUUCCAAUUAAAUGGCAAUCCUCCGCAACAGCAACAAGAGCAACAGCAACAGCAACAGCAACAAGCAAACAUCAGUAACAGCAGCAGCAAUACGCCCACCAUAGUGGAGGCACUGCAGCAACACUUUCAAUUCAAGGCACUGCUCAACGCGGACGAGGAUCAGCAACAACAAGAGCAGCAAAGGAAUAACAGCAACAUUUUCAGCAACAGCAACAGCAACAACAACAACAUUAGCCGCAGCAGCAGCUAUGAACAGCUGGAGGAGUCUGCUUGUAGGCCCAAAGCCAAGCUAAGCUGCCAGUGCACAAACAUUAGUAUUAUGCAUCUGUUUCACGAGAUGAAGCAGGAGUUUCCCACGCUGCCCGAUGCUUUGGUGACGCAAUGCGUCAAUGAGAAUUGCCAUCAGCGCGACAAUUGUAUACAGAUGUUGAAGAAGGAGCUGGUGCUGCAUCCCUCGCCCGUACAGUCAUAUCCCGCUAAGGUGGUGCAACAGCAGCAGCAUUUGCAGCAACAGCAGCGCCAAGCCAGGCCACCGACGCCUUUGAAGCCUUCGCGGGCUGCACCCACCCAACCACCGGUUGGUGUUGAAACGCCGCCAGGCACGCCCAUUGCUCGUACACGACCCACCACGUUGAAUUUGCCGCGUCAGCUAAACGCACAGCUGCAGCAGAAGAUACAACAGCGACAGCAGCAGCAGCAGCAACAGCAGCAACAACAGCAGCCGCAGCGACAACAGCUGACGCCUAGCGCGCAGUACAAGCCGCUGCGUCGCGCCCCGCCGCUGCCACCGUUGCCGCCGAAGCCGUUGGCAGUUGCUUCGAGCAGCUGCUCCAAUGAUUCCUCCUGUCUCACCAGCCCCCUCAGCUCUAGCGAGUCGGAGCUGUCGCUCAAUGUUUCCUUAUCAUCGCCAACGACGGCGUCGGUCGCUGCUGCGGCGACGACGUCAGCUGCGCAGUCAGCGGUGCCAGCUACUGCGCAGUUACGCUCGCCUGUGCGACAUCGUUCAGUCAUCACGCUGCAGCCGGAGCCGCCGUAUGCGCGCGAAUUUCUUAGCAACGCGGUUAAUGCAAUUUCGCCUUCGCCAGCACCCACGCCCCCAUCGCCCACAUCCGGUGGCAGCACUCCGAGCGGUCGCAAAAGCUUCACCUCACUCAAUCUCACGCUGCGCCAGCCGCAGAUCAGCAGCAACGGUGCGGCGCCCUCGACGAUCGACAUUACGGCUGGACCGGCGGCUAGUGGGAACGGCAGCAGCGGCAUCACCUACUCGAGCAGCAGCUUUGAUGCACGUCGCGGCACCCACAAGAAUUUCCAGUUAACCGUAACGGACGAGGGCAGCGUCUUCAGCGCAGGCUGUGUGCGUCCCCAGGUGCCGCUCUAUGCGCCCUGCCCGCCGCCCCCAACCACACCACCAUCCCAGCCAGGAGUGCUGGUCACCGAUGGAGCAACGCCAACAGCACGACAGCAACAGCAACUGCAACUCCAGCUACAGGAUCAGGCCGUAGCAGCAGCUGCAAUCGCAACUGCCGAGAUGCCUGAAAUAUUUCCAUAUCCCACACAGGCGCAGAAUCAUGUUGUCGCCUCCAACUACAACAACAAUCAUCUGCUUAACAGCAACAAUAGCAGCGACAACAGCCCCAGCGUCACGCACAUGCCCCUCUACGAGGGUGUUGUGCCGGAAUCGGAUCGAGAAGCGCAUUCAGCGACCAUUGAGCGCCAAAAGCUGCGACGCGACAAGCUGGCCAAUGCGUUGCGUGAGAAUAAGAAGCGUCUGCUUAUGCUGGAACAGGAGAUCAACAUUUUGACCGAACCGGUGCCAGUGGGCGAAUCUGAAAGACUGGAUAGAGAUAUCAAGAAACUGACUGAGGAUUGUCAACGGCUACUCAAUGAUCCUCAGCUGAAUGGCAAUGCAGCCGCGCCAAAUUCCAUGAAUCGUCAACUCUCGGCGCCCUCAGGCUCACACCAGCAGCAGCAGCAGCAAUUUCCUAGACAGCGUGUUGCUCCUGGUAGUGCUCGGGCUCAGGUGCCGCCCAAUUCGUUGCGGCUGCACUCGGUGCCCGCGGCGCAGACUCAGUCUCAUCUAGAUUUUAUGCAGCAGCACAGCAGUGCGCCCAACUCGGCGUGUUUGACACCGCAGCAACAGCAGCAGCUGCAAAUGGAGAUGGAGCCGCCGCCCACCUAUGCGCAAUACUAUCAGUUUCAACAAUUUCUGCAACAGCAGCGACAGCUGCAGCUGCAGCAGCAGCAGCAGCGGCGACAGCAGCUGCACCACCAGCAUCACCUGCAAGAACAGUCCCAGCCACGCGCCAGUCAAGAGGAGGAGGAGGAGUCCCUGUCCGAAUCGGAGGUGGACGAAGGCGAGGAGCCACUGGAUAUGUGGGCCUGCAACUUGUGUACAUUCCGCAAUCAUCCGCAAUUGAAUAUAUGCGAAGCCUGUGAAAAUGUUAGGAUCCAGCCGGCGCCGAUUCAUAAUCGAGAGGACAUACAUAUAACGCUCUCGCCCGGCGAAAAUCGUAUUAUACACUCUUGGAUUCUUUCGUGACAAUCGGCGAAACUCUAACAAUGAAAACUAGACAACACACUUAAUUUACUUAUUUAU